AUGCGGGUGCUAGAGGGAGCUGCCCCGGGCGCUCUCACCUUGCUGCAGGCCGAUUUCCGCCUGGCUCUUAUUCAGCUCCGUGUGUCAGCUGUUAAAUCAGAUAACCUUCAACGAGCCUGUGGGCUGGUGAGAGAAGCAUCAGCUAAAGGAGCAAAAGUUGUGGCUCUGCCUGAGUGUUUUAAUUCUCCAUAUGGGACCCAAUACUUUAAGGACUAUGCAGAGAAGAUCCCUGGGGAAUCAACACAAAAGCUCUCAGAAGUUGCAAAGGAAUGCAGCAUAUAUCUCAUUGGAGGCUCUAUUCCAGAAGAGGAUGACGGAAAGCUGUAUAAUACAUGUACUGUCUUUGGGCCUGAUGGUGCAAUGUUGGCAAAGCAUAGGAAGGUUCAUUUAUUUGACAUUAAUAUUCCUGGGAAGAUACAGUUCAAAGAGUCUGAAACACUGAGUCCGGGGAAUAGUUUCUCCAUGUUUGAUACUCCAUACUGUAAAGUGGGCCUGGGCAUCUGCUAUGAUAUCAGAUUUGCUGAGAUGGCUCAGAUCUAUGGACAGCAAGGUUGUCUGCUGCUGAUAUAUCCAGGGGCUUUUAACCUGACAACAGGACCAGCUCAUUGGGAACUGCUACAAAGGGGGCGAGCUGUUGAUAAUCAAGUCUUCGUAGCUACAGUAUCUCCUGCUAGAGAUGAAAAAGCAUCCUACAUUGCCUGGGGACACAGCACUGUAGUAAAUCCAUGGGGUGAAGUCAUAGCCAAAGCUGGGGCUGAGGAAACAGUUGUAUACACAGAUAUAGAUAUGGAGAAACUCGCAGAAAUACGUCAGCAAAUUCCAAUUUUAAGCCAGAAGCGUUGUGAUCUCUAUGCUGUAGAGAUGAAAAAGUGAAGCUGGGUGAUAGGGAAGGUUCAGCUGGCACAAAGGCUGCUGCUUUCAUCUUUGGAAGGAUUCCCUUGCUCGUUGCUCCACAAUCUACUGCUAAAUGUGCCAGCUAAUUUAAAAAAAAACAACAACAAAACUUUGAUGUAAUUCUAAAAUUGAUUCAAGUACAACUUUUCUAUAUCCUCUCAUACUUUAUUUUACAGUAUUUUACAGCUAGAAUAAAGAU